AUGAAUAUCAACGAUUUGAUUACACAAACAUCUGAAAAUGAUGUCAAUGAAGACAGAGUUGAAUUGAUGAACUAUCUCAAAGACGUCUUCAACUUAACUGAAUUUGAUCAACAAGGCAUUCAAGCACGGAAUAACCAUGUUUCUAGACGCUUCUCAGCUCUUGCAUAUGACGAUAACUUGUAUAGUAAUGAGUCAUACGACCUGAGAGAGUCUAUGUUGAAGGGAACCACCAACUGCCCAGAAAAAGAAUCUGGUUGUGAUUACUUCCAUAUUUGUAACACUGUAGAUCAUGUGGAUUUCCCAAGCCAGUAUAAAAGCGGUAAAAGUGAUGAAAGCAAACUGGAUGAGACUCCUAGAGUUUCUCAUUACGAGCCCAUGAGUGGGGCAGAGGCAGCUAGUCUGGAGUUGUUCUCCAUGUUUGUUGAGAACAAUAUGUCUUGUAAUGUUUUUGACAAAUGUGUGAAAAUGAUGAAUAAGUAUAUGACAGAAUGUAGAUUGUCAUGUAAACUUACUACCAUCUUAGCUGUCAUCAAUUCACUGAUGUCUUACUACAAGAUGGACACGCUUCUAAGACAAGAAUAUACUGUCCGUCCUGUCACGCAUGACAUGUGUAAAAAAGGUUGUACCCGCUUUGAAGCCAUAGAAGCUGGACAGCAUGCAGAUGAGGAAGAGUGGUGCCCUCAUUGUAAUAGCCAACAAUUCCAAUGCGACAGAGGCACUUUAAUUCCUGUGCAGACCUUUCAGGUUGUGCCUCUCUCUGAGCAAUUGAGAUUCAAGCUUGGUAAUGCCCAGAAACGCACCAAGAUGGAAUAUGGCAAAAACCGUCUUUCACAUAAUGUUAGUACCACGAGAUCUAAUAUCCUUGACAGUAAUGCUGUCCGCCGUUUAGUUCAGAGUGGUGUUGUUAGUCAGAAUGAUAUUUUGGUUACAAUGUUUGUUGAACAAUUUAACCCUUUCAACGACUCAAAAAUGUCUGCAACUGUUGUCCACCUAAAUAUGCUUAGAUAUAAGAGGGACAACAUGAUGCAGCUGGCAAUAAUUCCUGGACCUGAACACCCAAAGAAUAUCACAUCCUUUUUGGAAACAAUAGUAGAAGAUUUGCAUAUGUUGCAAACUUCUGGUCUGAGAGUUCAGACAAAUUCUGGGCAAAGAUAUAGUGUCAAUGGUCCUAAUGUUUUCAGAGAUCUUGAUACAUUGACAAGUCCUGCUUUCUUUGGGCUUGACGAGAUGCAUCUCAUUGGCCAUGAGAUUGGACAUCAGUUGUACAAGGCAUUGGGUGGCAAGUUUGCUCUCGACCAGAUCAAUAGAUUGAUAAGUGAGUCUAGGGCCAAUAUACCAGUGAUCUUCACUGGUAGUUGGAGAUCACUGAAGGAAAUGACUGGCAGACAGAAGGCAGUUAACUGGCUAGACUUCCUUCUGUUUGUUGUACCAGCAGUAGUAAUCAAGAACUUUGUUCUUGUCAGCACCAGGAAUGCUGUUCAAGACCUGGUCGAUGCUUGUACAAUUGCCCAGAAGUGGGAGGUGACAGAGGCAGAAAUCUGCAAUAUGGAAGACCAUUGGGCACUGACAUUCCUUCCUUCGGAAAGAAAUUGCAGAAGGAAGGAUGAAACCUACAAUUUUCGUGAUGAACCAGCACAUGCUGGUUCAUCUCGGGUCCUGGAAAGAAACAGGAAAAACAUGAAGAAUAUCCUGUUUAGCAAGGCUGGGAUACGACAUUGUCUUAGUGGUGAGGUUGUAACCAGAGAACCAAGGAACAGGAGGACCAGCAACUUUGAGGCUGCAAGUAACAAUGUUGCUGGUCCUCAGCUUUGGUCAAAUCCGACCAGAAAAACUCUUGUUGCUGUGGCAAGCGAAACAGAUAUAAACUACUAUACUUUGGUCUGUUUUUUGGCAGAUCUUUGGGGCCAAAAUGUUGUGUCAAUGGUUGAAGAAACCAACUGGGUCGUCUGUACCAGUAAGAUGUGGAAGGACCAAGUAGUGUACAGAGUCCAGGCAUCUUUUGACAGCAGACAUGUUCAAGCCACUGAUCUUGUUGUGCUCAAACAUCCAUGGGGUAAGUUGUAUGGAUUUGUUUGCAAGUUCUUCUCCUACUCUGUCUUAGGAGAAACCAGACUCUACACCAUUGUUGACCAUCUGUGUGGCAUCCAGCCCAAUAAUGAGGGAAUGUUCCCAGUUUGGGAAAGUACUACAAUCAGUGACAAGAAGGUGGUAGAUGUAAAGUCAAUCAAGGGGAUGGCUGGUCUUGUUCAUGAUGUAAAUGACAAGACCGUUCGAUAUGUAGUGGAGGUUUCUCAAAGUCAUUAUCAAUAA